UCAAAUCUAUUGAAUUAUUUUAUUGGUGAGUUAAUCAAUAGCAUUAUUAUUAAUUAUAAAGUGUUCAAAGCUGAUCAAUAUUUGACCGUGUUGAAACAUACUGUCACUGUGUUAUUUAUUUAAUGGCAUAAGAAAUCUUAUACUUUUCUUUGCCACUCCUUGGUCUAAUUUGUGACUAGUGUUAAUUAAUAAUACAUGAUUAUUUAAUUAAUAAUAAAAAACAAUGUCUCUGAAAAUAUUAUCCAGAGGAUAUUUAAUAAUUUUGUGAUUGCUUUGUUUUUCAUUGGAAAAUGUAUUACACCUACGUGUCUGUGUUGACAUAAUUAUUCUUUUAUAGGUCAAAAAACAAUUUUAUUUCUUAAGCUUAGUAAAGUUAGUGAUAAUGUCAGAAAAAUCACGUAAAAUAGUUACGCGAUUUCAUCCAAGUCAUGGAGAAAAUAUAAUACUUUGUGAUGAUAAUACAGUAGCAUAUAGAAAACAAAGUUUCGCUAAUGCAUUGACAUUUAGUGAAAAACCUCUACAACCUGGGGAAAUUUUCCUUUUGGAAAUAGAAAAAUACGAGCGAGGAUGGAGCGGUCAUAUGCGGUUAGGACUAACACAAAUUGAUCCUGUAACAGCUGACAAAAAAGGUUUACCUCAAUAUGCAUUACCGAAUUUAGUGAAUAUGGGAUCUAGUUGGGUGUUUGCAAUAACUCAGAGUCACAAUAUUUACUUCAGUGUCAGCGAAGGUGAAUCAAAUCCUCAUCACGAGAAGAAAUUAAUAACCGAUGGUAUUACUGUACAGACAUCUCGAGGAAUUAUUCCUUACACAGCAUUAAAACCUAAUACAGUUGGCUCGAGCCAAAAUAUUUUGCCUACCGAAACUGGUAGUCGUAUAGGUGUAAUGUAUGUACCACAGCGAGGUACUGAUUUAGCGGAAAUGCAUUUUAUUAUUAAUGGGGUGGAUCAAGGUAUAUGUGGAAAGGAUAUUCCUUAUAAAGAAAAACCAAUUCACGCGGUUGUUGAUGUUUAUGGUACAACAAAGCAAGUUCGAAUAGUUCAACUCUAUGCAGUUUCUACGUUACAAAGUGCUUGUCGUGAUGCUAUUUUACAAUAUACGAAAGAAAAUGCUGUUGAUUUAUUACCAUUGCCACAAAUGUUAAAAGACUUUUUACUUUAUCAAUAAUGUAGAACUAUAUACUAAGCUAGAAUUUUUUUUUUUUUUUUUUUUUUUUAAGAUUAAGUAUAAGGGAAUCGAUUGUGUCGAAGGCAGGUCCUUUCAUCAUAAAUCUUUUUCUGAUUCGUUUAUUGUAAAUUAUUAAAUUAUACUUAUGAAAUUUUAUAGGAAAAAAAUUAUAUAUAUUGUCAGAACAAAUAUAACAAUAAUAGUUACUAUUAUGGUUAUAA